CUGUUCCACUCUGUUUCGGAAAGAUGUCGGAUACGGCAGUAGCUGACACUCGGCGCCUUAACUCGAAGCCGCAGGACCUGACCGACGCUUAUGGGCCACCAAGUAACUUCCUGGAGAUCGACAUCUUUAAUCCACAGACUGUGGGCGUGGGCCGCGCGCGCUUCACCACCUAUGAGGUUCGGAUGAGGACAAACCUACCUAUCUUUAAACUGAAGGAAUCUUGUGUACGGCGACGCUACAGUGAUUUUGAGUGGCUGAAAAAUGAACUGGAACGAGAUAGUAAGAUUGUAGUUCCACCACUACCAGGGAAAGCAUUGAAGCGGCAGCUUCCUUUCCGAGGAGACGAAGGGAUCUUUGAGGAGUCCUUCAUUGAAGAAAGGAGGCAGGGCCUUGAACAGUUUAUAAACAAAAUUGCUGGGCACCCACUAGCUCAGAACGAACGCUGCCUACACAUGUUCCUGCAGGAGGAGGCCAUUGACAGGAAUUACGUCCCUGGGAAGGUGCGCCAGUAGGAACCCCUCUCAUCAC